AGUGUUUCAUACAGUACUGGUCGCCCCCAUUCUCGGAAGGAUGUCGGGGCUUUGGAGAGGGCGCAGAAGAGGUUUACCAGGACACUGCCUGGAUUAGAGGGCAUGAGCUAUAACGAGAGGUUGGACAAACUUGUGUUGUUUUCUCCAGAGCGGCGCAGGCUGGGGUGAGAGUGGAUGGACGUUUAUAAGAUUACGAGAGGAAUAGAUAGAGUGGACAGACGAUAUAUUUUUCCUGGGGUUUGAAAUGUCUAAUACAUUUAAGGUGAGAGGAGAUGUGAGCGGCAAGUUUGCUUCUUUCCACAGACGAAUGAGUAGCUGGAUGGGGGCCUGGGUGGGGGCGGUGUCACCAAUCCUGACACGUGAUCCCGUUUGCCCCUCCCAUUUAACCGCAGGUGGGCAGCAUCUGCGCGUCUGUUUCCGAGGCCCCGCCUCCCGAUGAUGUAACAAUCUCUUCGCGCAUGUUCACAGUCUCCGGGUGGACGGUGUUAUCCUCUCCGCUCAGAGCUGAAGUGGGUCGGUGGUGUGUUCGGGAAAGACUUUCGUCUCUUCCGUCGGGAUCACUGUCUGCGGGCCGAAGAUAUCACUUUCCCAUCGUUAGACCUGCCGUGCGAGGUUUAUUGGAAGAAAAACCCCAUCUGGAGGCAAACCACGACUGAAGACGUGGGAACAGCAACAAGUGAACCAGCCCGAGGACUGAGAGCACCGACUGGAGAGAACCCAUCUGACUCGGAGAUUCCAGUGAUUCAGUCCGGAGAAAGUUUGGACUGAUUUGUACUUCCUGAAAUGGACCUGAUUUAACCUGGAAAUGGAAAUGACUCGUCCUGUGAUAGUACAUCAGUAAAGAAAGCACAACUUUUCCCUGUCAAUUAUCUGUUAGACCUGUGGUGAGAGAUUUAUUGGAAGAAAAACCGUAACUGGAAGCAAACCACGACUGAAGACGUGGGAACAGCAACGUGAACCAGCCCGAGGACUGAGAGCACCGACUGUAGAGAACCCAUCUGACUUGGAGAUUCCAGUGAUUCAGUCAGGAGAAAGUUUGGUUAAAACUGAGAAGGAAUUCGUCUCCAGGAAGCUCAAACACGGCACACCAGUUUUGUUGUCUCUGUCUAGAUAUUUAACAAGUGGAGCAAGGGAUCCAAUUGACCAUCCUUCCUGCUCAGACUGUGGGGAGGGAUUCACUCGGUCAUUUGACCAACUGUCACACCUGUAACUUACACAGGAGAAAGGCCUUUCACCUGCUCAGACAGUGGGAAUGGAUUCACUCGGUUAUCACAAUUGAAGUUAGAUCAGCAGGUUCACACACUGGGCAAGGCCAUUCACCUGUUCUGUGUGUGAGAAGGGGUUCAGUCGGUCUUCUCACCUGUGAACACACCAAUCAGUUCACACCACACCGGGCAGAGGCUGGUCAUCUGCUGAAUUUCUGGGAAAGGAUUCACUCGGUCAUCUGACCUAAUGGCUCACCAGCGGGUUCACACUGGGGAGAAGCCAUUCACCUGCUCAGUCUGUGGGAAAGGAUUCACUCAGUCAUCUACCCUACUGGUACAUCAGCGAGUUCACUCUGGGGAGAAGCCUUUCACCUGCUCAGUCUGUGGAAAGGGAUUCACUCAGUCAUCCAACCUACAGAGACAUCAGCGAGUUCAUACUGGGGAGAGGCCGUUCACCUGCUCACUCUGUGGGAAGGGAUUCACUCAGUCAUUUGACCUAAUGGCUCACCAGUGGGUUCACACUGAGGAGAAGCCAUUCCCCUGCUCAGUCUGUGGGAAAGGAUUCACUCUGUCAUCCAACCUACAAAGACAUCAGCGAGCUCACACUGGGGAGAAGCUGUUCACCUGCUCAGUGUGUGGAAAGGGAUUCACUCAGUCAUCCAACCUACAGAGACAUCAGCGAGUUCACACUGGGGAGAGGCCAUUCACCUGCUCAGUCUGUGGGAAGAGCUUCACUCAUUUAUCCAACCUAUGGAAUCAUCAGCGAGUUCACACUGGGGAGAGGCCGUUCACCUGCUCAGUCUGUGGGCAGACAUUCACUAAUUUAUUCAGCCUACAGAGACAUCAGCGAGUUCACACUGGAGAGAGGCCAUUCACCUGCUCAGUCUGUGGGAAAGGAUUCACUCGGUUAUCCACCCUACAGAGUCAUCAGCGAGUUCACACUGGGGAGAGGCCUUUCACCUGCUCAGUGUGUUGGAGAGGAUUCAAUAUGUCAUCUGACUUACGGAGUCACCAGCGAGUUCACACUGGGGAGAGGCCGUUUACCUGCUCAGUCUGUGGGAAAGGAUUCACUCUGUCAUCUACCCUCCUGGUACAUCAGCAAAUUCACACUGGGGAGAAGCCGUUCACCUGCUCAGUCUGUGGGAAAGGAUUCACUCAGUCAUCUACCCUACUGGUACAUCAGCAAAUUCACACUGGGGAGAAGCCGUUCACCUGCUCAGUCUGUGGGAAAGGAUUCACUCAGUCAUCUACCCUACUGGUACAUCAGCGAGUUCACACUGGGGAGAAGCCAUUCACCUGCUCAGUCUGUGGGAAAGGAUUCACUCUGUCAUCUACCCUACUGGUACAUCAGCGAGUUCACACUGGGGAGAAGCCGUUCACCUGCUCAGUCUGUGGGAAGGGAUUCACUCGAUCAUUCACCCUAAAGAGUCAUCAGCGAAUUCACACUGCGGAGAAGCAGUUCACCUGCUCAGUCUGUGGGAAAGGAUUCACUCAGUCAUCUACCCUACUGGUACAUCAGCAAAUUCACACUGGGGAGAAGCCGUUCACCUGCUCAGUCUGUGGGAAAGGAUUCACUCAGUCAUCUACCCUACUGGUACAUCAGCGAGUUCACACUGGGGAGAAGCCGUUCACCUGCUCAGUCUGUGGGAAAGGAUUCACUCUGUCAUCUACCCUACUGGCUCACCAGCGAGUUCACACUAGAGAGAGGCCGUUCACCUGCUAAGAAUGUGGGAAAGGAUUCACUCAGUCAUCCCACCUACUGGCACACCUGUCAGCUCAGAAUGGGGAGUGAUCAUUGUUAUGAAUCCCUAAGUUUUGUUUG